AUUGAACCCAGUAAUGCCGCAAGUCUGUACACCACAACGCCCUCAGCGGUUUACCCCUUGAUGUUUAUUGUUCUUUGACGAUUCACAAUUCAAUAAAGAUUGUGUAAUAUUCUCUAUAGCUUUUAAGAUAAGUGCAAAAGUUCUCUAACUAUGAAACUACUUGUUAUGCAGUGUCUGAGCAGUAAAAGAGUUUAGUAGAGAAUUCUAAGGCUGAGGUUAAAAUUACAUUUUACUAGAGGGUGCAAAUAACGUAGAAUUAAUAAUCAAUCUGGAUCGUUGCUUAUAUUUAAGCAUCUUUCGUCUUUCUACCUAUUGAUGAGAAAUAUCAUGAGUUUACAUGAAUACAGAUUAAUAGCAAACCCAAGAUUCGCCAGACGAUACAAGAAAGUAUCCCGAUUACAUGUGUCCCGAGUCGUUUCUCAUAUGUUGGGAAACGUAGAACGUUGGCGAGUGACUUUGUAUUCGCACUACUUUCAGGCACCCUCGAAUCUGAUCUCAUUGGAGCAACGUCAGUCUGCGGAGGCUGUAUUCCUAAAUUUUCGCAAGACUAAGUCACCGUAUCAGCUAUGUCAACAAAUUUUAGAAUUAAGCUCCAUGGAUUACAUACUGUUCGAAACGGCCGGCCUGAUAAAGACGGCUCUGAUAGAGGAGUGGCCCAAUCUGGAAAAAUCUGACAUCUCUUCGUUGAGACAAUAUUUAUUGAACUACGUUAUAAGUAAACCUACGUUAGCGCCAUACGUUAGGGCGAAGAUACUCCAAGUUCUUGCAAUAACAAUUAAGAGAGGUAGCGUGGAUGACUUUGGAGUAGAGAGAGGUCGAAUAAUAAAUGAGAUAGAAAAUUUAUUUAGGAGUGGGAACUUAACAAAUCAAAUUUUGGGAUGCAAUAUUUUAUCUGCAAUAUUGCAAGAGUACGCAACGACGGCCAAGUCGUCCGAUAUCGGUCUGACAUGGGAAGUACAUUACCUGGAGAAGAAACGCUUCGAACUAAGCGACAUGAAAAGAAUUUUCAAGUUUUGUAUAGAGAUACUCGGUGAAUGGAUCGAGAAGGAUUUUGACGAAUCGACGUUACCUCUUGCGAAGCCCUUACUUUCCGUCGUGGAGAGUAUACUCGUCUGGGCAUUUUUUUAUCCAAGUUUACCCAGAAUAGUAUUUUUAAGGAACAUGUAUGAAGCCUAUGAAUCCGGCAAUAACCCACCAUUGAGAUUGACCAUACACUGGCAAGACAUGAUACUAGAUCCAGCAGUAUUAGAUCUAUUUUUUACACUGUAUUGGAAAGUACGCAGCAAUCCGCAGCUAGCUCAUCUUGCUAUGAACUGUCUUGUACAGCUGGCGAGCUUACACGGUACUAUCCUGAGUGCGGAAGAAGUAAAAGUGCAGUACCUGACAAAUUAUAUGCAGAGAUUCUUAAAACUUGUGUCCAGUAUUGAGAUUGGAGAUCAAGAGGCGAAUGGAAUUACGAACAUUAUAAGGAAGAUUAUUUAUUCCUUUCAAAAUACAUUGAAGAGUCUUCCCGAGGACUUGUACAAGCCAUUUGUGGAGCAAAUAGUGAGACUAACGUGUUUAUUUAUAGAAUGUGCUGCACAAGAAGAAUCGAUACGCGUCGAUGAUUGCUUAUAUAUGGAAGCUAUGGAACAUAUGUUCGAAGUAUGGUCAUGUAUGUUCAUAUAUACGUUUCCACCGGAGUUUCAUAAGGAGAGCUCUAUACAGAUAUUUAAUGUGUAUCUUCGAUGUCACUUGUCUCCUCCGGAAGGCGUGAGAAAUGCUGGCGGAAAUAGUCUCAGCGAGGAAGUGGCAGAUGUGGAGGAUGAUGACACAGUUAAAUUCAAGGACCAAUUGCAAAUAAUUGGAAACUUUGGUAGAUACGUACCAGAUCAUGCUUUACCUCUAUUAGCACAAUUACUCGAAGAUAGAAUACACAAAUUGCGCGAUAAUCUGAAUAUAUUGGUCGAGCAAAAUGAAUCUUCGUCUCGACCUGCCUCUAUGAACGAGCUGUACGAGGAUUUGCAUUGGCUCAUCUUAAUAACAGGACACGUUCUUUGCAUGGAAGCGGGCGGUGAAACCGCGUUAAUACCUUUGGAAAUUACGCGAUGUAGCAUGAAACAGUCACGAGAGGGGAAUGUUGACGUGAACCGUACGCUGGAGUUUUUAGUGUCUUCGCAAAAUGUUCAGUCAGAUAUAAGCUGCCCUGCGAACUCGAUCGAUCAAGUUAUCCGAUUGAUCACAGGCGUUUUCCGCUUGUGCACUAUUGAGAAAACUGCUAUAUCGAUACACUUGGAGAAUAUACUUAGUCCCGAAUUGAGCAGCACAAUAAUAUGGUUUUUACACAGAUGGUCGCAGAUUUAUCUUUUGCCAACUGAGGAUUAUUAUUCCGAGUUGAGCACUACGCUUUUGCAUGUCUUUGGUGAGGAUGGCCCGGGUGCAUUGUGGUCAAUGAAUUUUCUUCUAGACAAAGUAAUUUGCAACAUCAACGCAUUCAAGAGCGAACCGGCUCUAAUAGACGAAACUAUAAAAUUAUUAAUAUCUCUUGUUAAUUCGAAAGAGAGAGCCUCCUGUUUGACAAAGUCUGAGCAGUUCACUUACAUCAUUGAAUUGGCUAUGAAACGACAGUAUAACUUUCCACAGACUAUUAAGAGAGGUUUAAUGCGCGCGGUGGUUCAAGCCGGUACUGUAGUACAAAAUACCGAGCAGUACUACUGGUCGCGAACGCUGAAAUCUAUGAAGAAUGGAUUCAUGCAAUUAAUAUCUAGUGAUAAUUUCAUGUCGUCUUAUCACGAAGAACGAAUGAAAGUGCAAAUCAUAGAUAUACUUGAAUCCUGUAUAGGUGUGGUACAAGGUGCUGAGAGUUCAAUAAUAACGCCCGUGUAUGAACAUACUUUUCCUAUAUUAGCUAAACUUCCAAAAUUAUUAUCUUUGUAUCAUAAUUAUCAAGAUAUAGUGCAGCUGAUAUUAGAGUUAUUCAAUGAAUAUACAAAAAUUCUAUUUUUCUUAUCACAGGCUAAUAGUAUGUGUGUGUAUGAUAUUUGUUUGCAAGUAAUGCAAGCGUAUGCUAGCUGCAAUAGUCAUCGGCUUACUGUAGACUCGACUGCGGAGGAGGACAGCUUUCAGGAUAUUCUGCUACUCAUGAGAUUAUUAACUAAUUUAUUAACUAAAGACAUAUUUCAUUUAAACCAUGAAGUGGACCAGCCAAUCAGCCGAUAUGCGUCUAUAGCAUCGCUCGUCAAGCCUAUUCCGUCUACUGAUGUUUUUUUGUACGGCCUAAAUAUAAUUAUGCCUAUGAUGACGAUGAAUUUGUUAAAAUUUCCGUCGCUUUGUUUACAGUAUUUUAAAAUGAUAGCGUUUGUAUGCGAUCUAUGUCCUGAGAAAGUUUGCAGUUUGUCUGUUGAAUUGCUGCAGCAGCUUUUAGCGUCAGUAGAAUUAGGUUUAUACUCAUUUGGCAAUGAAGUAGCUAGUCUUUGCUGUGAUGCAAUCCAAGUUUUGACUAAGCACAUUCAGAGAGAAGUUGGGCAAGGACAGCCACGCAAAGAUAUAAUGGUACCCUUUUUGAAUUUGCUGAUUAGUCUCAUUUUGUCACAUCAAAUGGAUUCAGACCUGAUCUCAAAUGCCGGUAUGCCUCUUUAUCAUCUCAUUUCUUGCUAUCAAGAACAAUAUCAGCAACUUGUACAUAAUAUCGUAUCCACUCAAACGGAUCCUCGAGUGGCCCAACGAUUAGCGAAUGCUUUCACUGCACUAACCGCGGGUGUGGACUUGAAUGUAGAUUUGAAUAACCGUACUCAAAGAUUGAAGUUCAGAGAUAAUUUCGAUGAAUUUGUUGUGAGCGUACAAGCAUUCUUAAUAAUUAAAUAAAAUAAAAAUAAAAAUGUAAAUUAAAUAAAAGAUUUAUUUGAACAAUACACGUGUGGAUUUUGAUGUUAGGUUUUCUGUUUUAAUUUAUUAUCGUUUUUAGAUCUUGAAAAGUUGAAUCGAAUCUUCAUUAUAGAUUCAACUAUACAAUUAGUCUCGCGCGUAGUUUUUUUAACGAUAAUAUUGUAAAAUCAUUAAAAAAUUAUAAUGCUCAAAUUUUUUGACAGAUUUAACUAACAAUGUGCUUGUAGAAAAAGAUUUGGUUGAGUUCAGUUUCUCGUCGGAAAUUAUAAGUUCGAUCAAUCGUACGCGGUGUUUCGACGUAUGGUUGUUAUUGCAAAAAUGAGACUUGUAUUAAGCAUAUAAGCUUUUUAUUGACCGAUUUAUUACACGUUACCACUUACAGUGAGCCUAGCGAAAUAUUCGAGUAACCAUAAUAUAAUAUUUAUAAUAAAUACUAGUUACAGCAUCGAUGCACGUUUCCGAUAGCAAACGGUCAAACGAAAACGUUUCGUAACGGAUGUCCAGUUACCUUACAAACAAACACACGAACUUAUAUACUUGGUACAGAUCGUCGUUAGCCUUCCCGUGGAUCAUCGCGUGAUCGCCUUCGCGAUGAUCCUCAAUGUUUCACAGAGGAAUGCUUAUUAAAGUAACAUUAAAUUUA